UUAUGUGUUGAAUUUUUGACAGUUGCGGUUAGCUAUUUAUUAUCUUAAUCCAAAAUAUUUGUUUGUAUGAAAUACAGGGCAGUUGAAUAUUUUUAAUAAAUGCUGUUUAACUUAAUAAAAAUCGAGGUGCCACCUAAACUUAUUUGCAAUUUGAUUUUGUGGUUUCUGGUGAUUGCCUCUUGGUAUUGUGCUAUUAAUUUGGAUCGUCACUUCUGGAGUAAUAGGAAGUUUUCUACUAAAUAAUGCCGUUUACAGCGGAUGCAGCAGCUGCACAACAAGUGCAAGAGCGGUUAAAAUCAGUGCAACAACUGGUACAUGAAAUCGAAAAGAAAAGAGCCCAAUGUGAAUUAGGAAUUGCUGCAUUACAAAAUUACACACAAGACGAAAAAGGAGGACAUAGUUCACAAAAACUUAAAUCACUGUAUAAAAAUGUUAUAGCCCAAACAGAGCAGGAAGAGGAUGUGAUUCGUAAAGCUUUACUGAAAAUUACUGAGAUAAGGAAUAUAAAAAAUGAGAGAAGAAUUCAGGCUAGGAUUGCUUCAAAUAAGGAAUCUUUAAGAAAAGGAAUAUGGAUGAAAAUGCUAUAUAGUUCUGCUCAGACUCUACCCCUUUAUGUUGGAAAAAUUGGAGAAAAACCACCUCCUUUAUGUGGAGCCAUACCAGCUGAUCCAAAUUACAUUGCUAAAGUAGGUGAUAUGGUGGCUGCAUUAGCGAAGCAUGCCACAGAAGGAGAAAAUUGGAUAUUAGCGGAAGUUGUCUGUUACAAUCACAGUACAAGCAAGUAUGAAGUGGACGAUAUUCUUAAAGAGCAAAAUCAAAAGGGUCGUCAUACAUUAAGUAGGAGUAGAGUUAUACCAUUACCCUUAAUGAGAGCAAAUCCAGAAACUGAUCCCCAGGCUUUGUUUCCUCAGGGUACUCUAGUAAUGGCGCUGUUUCCUCAAACUACUUGCUUUUAUCAGGCUCUGGUAAACAAACCACCAUCUACCCAUAUGGACGAGUACGAAUUGUUGUUUGAAGAUCCUAAUUAUACAGAAGGAUAUAGUCCACCUCAUUCUGUUGUUCAGCGGUACGUUAUCGCCUGUAAACAGAAGAACAAACAGGCGGGGCAAGGUACUAGUUGACAGUACGCCUCUGACAGUGGCAUGUCUGACAAUGAAGAGAUUAUGGAAGCCAGUGUCAUAACAAACUGAGUAAAAAGAUGGUAAAACAAAUUUGAUCGCGAUGUACAAUGCUUGAUUGUAAUAUAAACUAUGCUUUAUUAGAUACUACUAUUGUACGAUAAUAUACUUCCAAUAUAAUAUGAAUAUUUAUAAUUUACAUAAUAAUAUGUAGCUUAACAUAACAGUGUAUGGCUAAACAAAUUAUAUUAUAACAUUCACAUUUUAAGGUAUGUUUAAUUUCUUAAACAUAUAAUUAUAAACUAUAUAAUAGUUAUCAGUAUUGACUUCUACAUAUUUCUUCUUCUUCUUUUUCGUUCUUGUAUGUAGGCUUUAAAGCCUGUUUCUUCUUCAAUAUUAGCCUCCUAAAUUGUGUAAGUUAUCGCACCAUCUUUCUAAUGUACAUACAGUAGAGCCCCGCAAAUCCGAACCCGGCUAAUCCGAACGUUCGGCAAAUCCGAACCAACGGAAAGUGAAAAAAAUUAAAAAAUUCAAGACAAAAACUUAAAAACAUGUUUAUUAUACAGAGUAAAACCAGAAAAUUGAACAAUCUAGGAUUAAUAGGUCUUUGACUCGGUCACUUUCUUUUGACGCAUGGAGGUGUUGUAGCGAAUUGACGCAGCGAUAUUAAACCAUUUACGCAUACACAUUACAUCGACAGGUAAAGCAGCAGAGUUCUGCUCCAUGUAACGUAGAGCCACACCCAGAGCUUUAGUGGCAUCUAGUGUGACACUCGAUAUGGCAGAUAAACUUUUUCCUCGCUUUCUUCAUCUUCAUUAGAGUUGCCUUGAGGUUGAACCAAGUCUACAAUGUCUUCAUCCGUAAGUUCUUGGUGCCCAUUGUCGCCUGCUUCAAUUCAGCUGUAUAGACACUUCCUUCUUUGUUUUCUCAUCCUGUUUUUGUACGACUUCUAGGAGGUCAUUUUAUAAUGAAGAGUGGAAAAAUGAAGCUUCUUUAAAUUGUAAAUCUAGCCAGCGAAUAAGCGAGUCAACACAAAUAAUGACACUGGCCUGCAUCAGUGACAUCAAUCUGAGAUGGGUGGAAGAGACAAAAAGUGAGACAGGUGCAACGACUCAAAAUCAACGACAACGAAAGCUUUGGAUUAUUAGUUAGGCUAAUUUUCGGAUAAUCCGAACUUUUCGGAAUCCGAACAGGCUGUUCCCCCAAUUAGUUCGGAUCUGCGGGGUUCUACUGUAUUCAUAAUAAAUACUUCAUUUACGCUUGUCUCUCUGUUCAUUUCUAAGAGUCAAAUCCAUUAUAUUCCAUAUUUCUUGGUUUGUUUCUCUAUUCUUAGUAUGUCUCAUAUUUUCGUACAAAAACCAUUAUAGUACUUCCUCUCUUUUCCCAUGCAUGAAAUUAUUCACGAAUUACUUUUAUACUAGAUCUCUUUUUAACCCAUAGAAACUAGUAACGCAAAAUUAAGCAGCUUUUCCAGAGAAAUCACAAAAAGUUAAACAAGGAUAAACAAUACAGAAUGUCUUUGAUAGCUUAUAAAUUUUGACGUUUAUAAUUUUCAAUGACAGUGACAGUUUAUUGGUUUAUGUGCAUUUAUUGUUUAUUUGGUUUUAUAAAUCAAUAAAGUUUUAUUUUUUAUCAAUACAGUUUAAUUGGAUGUAUAUUUAUAAAAAAUAAAUAUAAUAUUUCAGUUAAACAAAGGAAGAGUUGCAAUACUGACUUUUGGGUUCCCAGACAAAGACGAGUAUUAGUAAUAUCGUAGUGUUGAUCACUCAAUUUGUGAAAAAUUUGGACUUUUAUCACUAUUUCAAAGGUACGAUAUAUUAAAAAUAUUAAUAAUUUAUUUAAAUUCACUCGAUAGUUUUGUAUUUCUCAACCUUAGGUAAUAUUAAAUCUUCUUAACAAUAUUAACUUUUUUGUUGUGACUGUUUUUAAAUUUAUUUAUCACCGUUCUAUAUUUAGCUUUAUAUGUCUUAUCUUUAUGUUUAAUGUUGAGUCCAUUAAUCUCCUCAAUAGCGAAAAAAUAUUAAACACUUCAAUAAAACAACUUUAUAAAAUACGUUCACGGGAUAAUAGCCAUUUCAUAAUUAUUACCACUAACACACUGACAGUACGUAUCAAUGAUCUAUACAUCGACGUACGUUUCAUUUUAUUUUUUGAUUUCACUUGUUUGAAAAUGAAUCGUGACGCAUGGGAAAAGUUAGAAUGGAAGAACUAUAUCAAAAAAUUUCGCUUGCAUAUAUAGAUCAACAUAGUUUUGCAGAUUUUUAUAGCUUUCUUUGUAUUAUUCUACACAUUUCUCUUUAUUUCGUCAUGUUCUUAGGUUAUCUGAUAAUACAGGGUGGUUGAUUAGUAGGGUAAAGCUCAAUAGCUCCGCUUUAGUAAUAAAUAGCAAUAAAAGUUAAUAACAAAAAUUUUAGCCACCUUUGAGCUUCAAAUUACAAAAUUAGUUAGAAUGUUACAGGGUGUUCGAUAACACAGUGGCAGCCCUAACUUAUGUUUUUUUAAAUGGAACACCCUAUAUUUUAUUUUAUAUUCGAAAUCCUGUUAACUUCUCCAUCACAAAAAUAUAAAGGUUUGUUAUGUUAUACAGGGUAUUUACAAAGUUAUAACCAAUUUUGUAUGAAAAUCGUAACAAGUUCAACUCCCUGUAUAAAUAAAAAUAAGCACUGGUUUAUUAAUGCCAUAUUUUUUUAUUUAUUGUCAAAAUUUUUAAGAAUUAUUGAUAUUGCUAAUUUUCUUUAUAUCAACUACAGGGUGAGUCAAAACGCAAGUACAUUAUUUUCUCAGUAAUGUUAAAUGGAACACCCUGUAUUUUAUAUCAUUAUUGAAAAGUAACAUUAACGUACUUUAAUUUUUAUAUAACAUUCCCUAUGCCCAAAUUUAUUAGUUUUCGAUAUAUUUUCAUUUUCAGAGCAAAUUAUUUUAGGUGUUUAAAUUUAUCUAAAUUUUAAGUAAGCCAUGACUGAAUUGACAAUUGAAGAUUACCAAUUUUAUUAUUUAAUAUAGAUUACAUUUUACAAACAAAAACACAACCACUACAUGCAACAUUUUUGAAACAAUUAAAAGCUAUCUUUUUAUGUAAAUGCAACAAAUAAACAAAGAAAAUUAGUAAUAAAUUUUACAAAAGAACACACAAACACAAAAUACAAUAUUUUGUGAAGACAAUUAAACACUACUUUUGUAUGUAAAUGUAACAAUGUAACAAAUAAAGAACGAAACAUAAUUUAUCAGUAAUACAUUUUGCAAAAAAACAUGUUUGAAAAAAUUAGAAGCUACUUUUAAUAAAAUAUUUUUAAUAUUUAAUUACAUAAUGUGUUCAAAAUUAUCUCCUAACACAUUUAUGUACGCCUAAAAACGAUCAUUGAAUGAGCUACUUACUCUACGGAGCAUUUGUAAAUUAACACAUCGAAAUACACUUUGUAUUCUAUUUUUCAUCUCAUCCCUUGUUGUUGGAGGUAUUUUAUAAACUUCAUUAUUAACGUAACCCCAAAAAAAUCAGUCCAGUUUAUUAAAUUCUGGUGAUUUGGGUGGCCACGCUACUGGUCCAAUGAAAAAUGAAAAUAUCUCGAAAACUAAUAAAUUUAGACAUCGGGAAUGUUAUCUAAAAAUUAAAGUACGGUAAUGGUACUUUUCAAUAGUGAUAUAAAAUACAGGGUGUUUCAUUUAAAAUUACUGAGAAAAUAAUGUACUUGCGUUUUGACUCACCCUGUAUUUGAUAUAAAGAAAAUUAGCAAUAUCGACCAUUCUUGAAAAUUUUGACAAUACGUUAAAAAAUAUGGCAUUAAUAAACCAUUGUUGUUUUGCUUAUUUUUAUUUAUACAGGGAGUUGAACUUGUUACGAUUUUCAUAUAAAAUUGAUUAUAACUUUGUAAAUACCCUGUAUAACAUAACAAACCUUUAUAUUUUUGUGAUGGAGAAGUUAACAGGAUUUCGAAUUUAAAAUAAAAUAUAGGGUGUUCCAUUUAAAAAAACAUAAGUUUGGUCUGCCACUGUGUUACCCUGUAAAAUUCUAACUAAUUUUGUAAUGUGAAGCUCAAAGGUGGCUAAAAUUUUUGUUAUUAACUUUUAUUGCUAUCUAUUACUAUAGCGGAGCUAUUGAGCUGUACCCUACUAAUCAAUCACCCUGUAUAUUGCUUUUUCUUAAAGUCUAAAUUGUACAUUACAUAACUUUUAAUAUUAUAGAUAGUAUGAUAAGUAGUUCAUGUAAGUAGUAUGCCCAGGAACAUUUAACCAUAUAAAGUAACUGAGAAUAGUGACUUUUCCAUCACACAGCUAGAGCUAUAACACAGUUUCAAAAUUAUAUUCACUAAGUUCUCAGAAUUGUAAAUACGUUCAAAUGACAUUCUGGUCAGGUUAAUGAUUCGUCGUAGGAUAACUGGUUGUAUUAGUUAAGGUAUCUAAUAAAAUAUAUUCAAUAUAAUCAAUAUUUCGUUUGACGAAUAUUUGUAUCAAUAGUGCAUGUCUUACAUUGUCAAAGGCCUUUUGGUAAUCAAUGAAGCAAAUGAAAACAUCUUUUCUUUGGUCGUAGCAUUUCGGUACCAACAACUUCACUAUAAAAAAGUGCGACUCUUUUUGUUUCUUCGUUGACUCAAAAAGUGGCGAUAUAGUAAAGUAUACAGGGUGUUUCAUUGGGAAACGGAAAUACUUUAAUGGCGAAUAGAGUUUACCGAGCCGGUUCUAGAUAUACUACAUUUUUUGCCCUACCGACUUUUAUAACCGAGUUACAGGGUGUUUUAUCGAUUUUGCCCAUUUCUUUCCUAAGCCAUAACUUUAGAACCACCCUGUAUAUUUUUUUGAUAUUUGGGACACGUAUGUCUCAUUCAAAACCCAAACGACCGACAUACUAACCAUAAGAAAAAUCCAGGUCCGGAUUAACAAAAAAUUAUAAAGUAAUUGUGACCUUAAAACCCUGUAUAUUCAAAUUUUGAAAAUCUGUUUGCAUAUUUGAAAAGAGCACAAAAAAGUAAGUUUAAUGGUUCGCUUCCAUUUUUCGGCCAGACAAUUUUAUGACUUUAAUUUUGAAAUUAUAUUGAAUUUUUUAAGAACUCUGACAUUAAAAAGCAGAUAUUAUUAAUUUUUAGUUAUAAAUUAUCAAAGUUAAUGAAUAAGUACUCAUUUUAAAAAUAUUCAAUACCUAUUUACCACAUUGGAACGACCCAAUUACCAAUGACAAGAAAAAUCUAGGUCCCGAUUAACAAAAAAAUAUAAAGUAAUUGUGACCUUGAAACAACACCCUGUAUAUUGAAAUUUUGAAAAUUUGUUCGCGAAUUUUAAAGAGCAUCAAAAACUGCGUUAAAUGGUGCAUGUCAAAUUUUUGUGCAGAUAAUUUAAUUACGGCAAUGUUGAAAUCACAUUGAUUAAUUCUGCCAAGGUCACAAGAAGCUGUCAGAAAAAUGAAGAACAAUCCCAAUGUAAUUAGAAAACCGAUUCGAAAUCUUUUAAAGCGAGCAAGGAAAAGCAUCGAACAAAAUGGCGCACAUUUUGAGCAACUGUUAUAGUUCAAAUAUUUUUAAUUUAUGUUAAAUUGUUGAAUUGUUUAAACGAUUUUUUUAGAUAUAGCUGUUUUUUAAUUCUCUACUAAAUCAUUAAAAUAUUGCAAUUCUCGCAAUUCUAAUUUGUAAUGAUGUGCAUACAGCUACAAAUCCAGAGAAUCCAUGAAGCCAGCGAAGUAAAUAAGUAUUAAGUAUUUUUAAAAUAAAUAUUGAUUCAUUAACAUUAAAUAAUUACUAUAAAACUGGUUUUUAAUCUCAGAGUUCUUUAAAAUUUCAAUUUAAUUUCAAAAUUGAUGUAAUUAAAUCAACGGCGAAAAUUGGGUCGUUCCAAUGUGGUAAAUAAGUAUUGAUUAUUUUUAAAAUGAGUAUUUAUUCAUUAACUUUAAUAAUUUAUAACUAAAAGUUAAUAAUACCUGAUUUUUAAUGUUAGAGUUCUUAAAAAAAUCAAUAUAAUUUCAAAAUUAAAGUCAUGAAAUUGUCUGGCCGAAAAAUUGAAGCAAACUAUUAAACUUACUUUUUUGAGCUCUUUUCAAAUAUGCAGAUUUUCAAAAUUUGAAUAUACAGGUUGUUGUUUUAAGGUCAAAAUUACUUUAUAAAUUUUUGUUAAUCCGGACCUUGAUUUUUCUUAUGGUUAGUAUGUCGGUCGUUUGGAUUUUGGAUGAGGCAUAUGUGUACCAAAUAUCAAAAAAAUAUACAGGGUGGUUCUAAAGUCAUGGCUUAGGAAUGAAAUGGGCAAAAUCUAUAAAACACCCUGUAACUCGGUUAUAAAAGUUGGCAGGGCAAAAAAUGUAGUAUAUCUAGAACCGGCUCGGUGACCUCUAUUCACCGUUAAAGUAUUUCUUUUUCCCAAUGAAACACCCUGUAUAACUACAGUCUUUAAAUUUUUGAGAAACAAAACUUCUUAUCUUCUUAAAUUUCAGCCUUUCUUUUUAGCGAUGAAAGAAGGUAUAUUACGUUUUUCUGAAAUACUGCUUCUAAAAUACUGUUUACUGAAAUAGUGAUUAGUGGACCGAUGAUAUCGAUAUUUUUGGAGUUUUGUUGUUGAUGUAUCGCUUAAAGACAUCGACAGUACUGUAAAUAUCUAUGAUUAAAUGUUUAUGUCACAACAGAUAAAAUCUGAAUAUUCAGGAAAGAUGCAAUAUUUUCAUUUGCGAACAAGAAAAAUAAUUACUAUACUAUGGAUUUCACUAAACAGCUCAAAAAUGUCGGAAAUAAAUGAGAUUAGAAAAUUGUUGAAACAUGAAACUUAAAUAAAAUAUAAAGUUAGGAUGUUGUUAAUUCCAAGCUUUUUCUGUACAUAUAUAUAUUUUAGGGCUAAAAUAAUAUUUUGUAAAACUGUAGUUUUCACAAGAGAGAAAUAAUUAAAAACAUUUUGUAAUUAAGAUACAAUAUUUUCGUUUUAUUUGACUUUUGUCUUUUUACUCAGUUUCAGUAUGGUGUGGUAAAUCAAAAAUUACUUAUGUAUUUACUGUGUGGUAUGUUAAUUAAAAUUUACAUAAUAUGUAUUUAAUAAAGACAUUUUCAAUA